AUGAUGGAGAGGGACGAGGGCGAGUCCUCCAACUCCUGGGACGGGGGAGCCGGGGAGAGGGUCCGGGAGGAGCUGGAGAGUCUGUGCGGAGAACUGAACUUGGAGGAGGAGACGGCGCUCCGGACACUGAGCAACUUCAACCGGACAUGGAGCACCUACAGCCUGGAGGGCGACAUGAAACACUGGCUUGCGUGUGCAUUGUAUGCAGAGUGCCGGAAAGGCAUCAUUCCAACUGUUGGAAGAGGUAUCAUGGAAGGAAAUGGCGUGUCCCUCACUCGUAUUCUCCGUUCAGCCAAACUGAGCCUGAUUCAAUUCUUUAAUAAAAUGAAGAAGUGGAUGGACAUGUCAACCCUUCCCCAGGAAUUUAGGGAACGAGUUGAACGACUGGAAAGGAACUUUGAGGUAUCUACUGUAAUCUUCAAAAAAUUUGAACCAAUAUUCAUGGACAUGUUUCAGAAUCGCCAUGAAGAGCCUCCUAGACUACCUAGAAGUAGAAAACAAAGGAAGUUGCAGUGUAAUAGUAAAGAUCUCUUCAACUUCUGCUGGACAUUAUUUGUAUAUGCAAAGGGAAAUUUUAGUCUGAUUGGCGAUGAUUUGGUUAACUCUUAUCACUUGCUUUUGUGCUGCCUGGAUUUGGUUUAUGUCCAUACUUUGCAGUGUUCCCAUAAGGAUGACCUUCUGAAUCCUUCAUUUACUGCACAGUUGCCAGCUCCUGAUAUGGAUAGCAUUGAUGACGAUCCUCCCUGUAUUAUCAACUCACUGUGUGAGUACUACGAUGGGCUUGCAGUUGAAGCCAAAGGGAUAAAAGAACAUUACUUCAAGCCUUACAUCUCAAAACUGUACGACAGAAAGAUUCUUAAAGGGGAUUGCUUGCUGGACCUCUCUAGCUUCCCGGAUAAUAACAAAGCUUUGAACAGAGAAUAUGAAGAGUAUGUGCUUACUGUGGGGGACUUCGAUGAGCGUGUGUUCAUAGGAGAUGAUGCAGAAGAAGAGAUUGGAACACCAAGGAAGUUUAUUGCAGAUCUCCAUAUUGGCAACUACACACCAAGGAUACAAGUGGAGUCGAACCUGCAACAGCAUUUUGAGACGAGGCGAUCAUUUGCUCCUUCCACUCCACUAACUGGUAGAAGAUACCUGACACCUGAACCAGUUGUAAGUACACCUGUAUCAUCAGCAACACAGUGUGUGAGCAAACUGCAGAGCAUGGUGACUGGACUCAGGAAUUCCCCCAGUGAGCAGCUUAAUAAUGUCUUUAGGUUAUGUGCUCGUAACCCCAUGGAGAAUAUUCAGAAUAUUGUGAAGGACAUCGGGCAGAGGUUUUGCCACCAUUACACGCAACCAUCAGGGGAUCAGGCUGGUUCUCAUAUAGAUUUUGCAGUUAACCGUUGGAAGUUGGCAGAAAUUUUAUAUUACAAAGUUUUGGAGUUGAUAGUUCUCCAAGAAACGAGACGCCUUCAUGGAAAAGACCUAACUGCUCUACUGGAGCAAGACAUUUUCCACCAGUCGCUGGCAGCUUGCUGUCUGGAAAUUGUGCUUUUUGCAUACAGCUCUCCCCGUAUUUUUCCUUGGACCAUUGAGGUUCUCUGUAUAAGCCCUUUUUAUUUCUACAAGGUUAUUGAGGUUUUUAUCCGCUCGGAAGAUGGAUUGUCCCGGGAUAUGGUGAAGCACCUUAACACUAUAGAGGAGCAAAUCCUGGAGAGUCGAGCCUGGACGAGUGAUUCCAACUUGUGGGAGUUGCUUCAGGCAGCCCAGUCUGUUCCAACUUGUGAAGAGGUUAUCAUACCUAGCAACUUUGAAACGGGUAAUGAAGCUGGUUUAGGACAUCUUCCUAUGAUGCCGGCUUCCCCCAUCAUUCAUCCACGUUUAAAAGAAGUGCGCACAGAUUUUGGAGGCUCCUGUAGGCGAGAUUGGCAGCCAUUGUCUCCAUUGGCUGUUCAUGAACGGUAUAAUUCUCCUGCCGCUGGUAGUGCCAAAAGGAGGCUAUUUGGAGAUGAUGGACCUAAAGAGUCGCCAGUGGAGAGACUUCAUACAACCCCAGAAAUCACUAGAAUCAGAAUUAUUCCUAGCCAGCCACCUGAGCAGCUGUGUAUGUCACCAGACAAAACUAUUCUAUCUGCACAGAGGCUAAGCGCACCUUUAGCAGGAGCUCCUAAUGAUGGUGGGCACCCCUCUUCUCCAGUAAAUGAGCAUGGAAUUCAAACCCCCCUUACUGCCCAAGCUCUGAUCAGUCCAUCCACAAUACGGCAGAUCUUCCGAUCCCAAGACGGGUGUCCCACAUCUGCCAGCAAGCCCAAGAGAACUGGUUCUCUUGCUCUGUUUUUUAGGAAGGUUUAUCACUUGGCAAGUGUUCGUCUGAGAGACCUGUGCAUGAAGCUUGAUUUGUCCAAUGAUCUGAGACGUAAAAUUUGGACAUUGUUUGAAUACUCAUUGGUACACUGUACAGACCUAAUGAAAGACAGACAUCUAGAUCAGCUGCUUCUAUGUGCCAUUUACAUUAUGGCAAAGAUCACAAAAGAAGAGCAACUGUUUCAAGAUAUUAUGAAAUGUUACAGAAAUCAACCUCAAGCUCAAAGUCAUGUGUAUAGAAGUGUUUUGUUGACUGUUCCUCAAGUGGAAAUAGAUGAAGUUGGAGCCAGCCAAGAUGUUGAAAUGAUUGAUUUUGAAUCUGAUGAUUCUCAGAACUUAAACAACGUUGGUGAUGGCACUGGCAACCAAGCAGAGAGGGGAGAUCUCAUCACAUUUUAUAACAACGUCUACGUGGAACGAGUUAGAUUGUUUGCACUCAGAGAUACGCAGCCAACAGUGAACAUCUGGUUGUGGCUCCUCCUCUGUCUCCAUUCCCGAGCAUCAAACAGCGACCUGUCUCUCCUCGCCGUGUCUCUCAGCAGCACUCAAUUUAUGUGUCCCCGCACAAGAUGACUGGUUGCCUGACCCCCCGCACUGCUCUACUCUACAAAUUCAAUGGAAGUCCUUCUAAAAGCCUGAUGGAUAUAAACUGCAUGAUUAAACAGGAACAGAGCAGCCGUAAGCGAGCAAUAACAAUUGACAGUGAUUCCGAGUCCCCAGCUAAACGCCUGUGCCAGGAAAACGAUGACGCCUUGUUAAAACGUCUUCAGGAUGUUGUUAGCGAAAGAGCUAACCACUAA